AGCAUUGUGAAGAGUCCAGCAGGGAAAACGGGAAAUUUGAAAAUCUGGAACUUUUCAUACCAAUACAGUUAUGGCCAAAAACACAUCACUGUAUUUCCGAAUCGUCGAAGGAAGGAAUCUACCAGCGAAGGAUGUUAAUGGAACCAGUGACCCUUACUGCAUUGUAAAAGUUGACAAUGAGGUUGUGGCCAGGACAGCCACCGUUUGGAAGAACCUCAACCCGUUCUGGGGGGAGGAGUACACCCUGCACCUGCCCAUGGGGUUCCACACCCUGUCCUUUUACGUCAUGGACGAGGACACGAUUGGCCACGAUGAUGUCAUUGGGAAGAUCUCUCUGAGCAAAGAGGCCAUUGCAGCCCAGUCUAAGGGGCUGGAUAACUGGCUGAACCUGACGCGGGUGGACCCGGAUGAGGAGGUGCAGGGGGAGAUCCACCUGGCCUUGGAGCUGCUGAGAGACUCCCAGAGGACCGGCCUGCGUUGCCAUGUGAUCGAGGCCAGGGACCUGGCUCCCCGGGACAUCUCCGGAACGUCGGACCCGUUCGCCAGAGUCCUCUUCAACAACCACAGCGCCGAAACAUCGAUCAUCAAAAAGACCCGUUUCCCACACUGGGGGGAGCAGCUGGAGCUGGAGUUGGAUGCGGAGGAAGUGACGGAGGGGGCCAGCCUCACCCUUGAAGUGUGGGACUGGGACAUGGUGGGCAAGAACGACUUCCUGGGGAAGGUGGAGAUCCCCCUCGCCUGCCUGUACAAGACCCCUCUGUUGCAGGGCUGGUUCCGGUUGUUACCUCUGGGGAACACUGAGGACGACGCAGGGGGUAAGCUGGGGGCCCUGCGGCUGAAGGUUCGGCUGGUGGAGGACCGGAUCCUGCCCUCCAUGUACUACCAGCCACUCAUAGACCUGCUGGUGGAGUCGGUCAUCUCUCCCGCAGAGGUGGAGGACACCACCCCCUUGACCAUGCUAGAGGAGGUAACCACUGUGGAGAGCCGACAGGACGUUGCCAUGACGCUGGUGAAGAUCUACCUGGGGCAGGGGCUGGUGGUACCCUUCCUGGACUACCUCAACACCCGUGAGGUCAACCACACCUCGGACCCAAACACCCUGUUUCGCUCCAACUCCCUGGCGUCCAAAGCCAUGGAACAGUUCAUGAAGGCAGUGGGGAUGCUCUACCUGCACGAGGUGCUGAAGCCCAUCAUCAACCGCAUUUUUGAGGAGAAGAAAUACAUCGAGCUGGACCCCUGCAAGAUCGAGCUGAACCGCACCAGGCGGAUCUCCUUCAAAGGGGCGGUGUCGGAGGCGGAGGUGCGGGACAGCAGCGUGGAGCUCCUGCAGGGCUACCUGGCCGGCAUCAUGGAGUCCAUCGUGGGCUCGGUGGCCCAGUGCCCGCCCGUCAUGAGGGUGGCCUUCAAGCAGCUGCACAAGAGGGUGGAGGAGCAGUUCCCCGAGCCGGAGAACGAGGAUGUGAAGUACCUGGCCAUCAGCGGCUUUUUCUUCCUGCGCUUCUUCGCUCCCGCCAUCCUGACCCCCAAACUCUUCCACCUGAGAGACCACCACGCCGACACGCGGACCAGCCGCACACUGCUGCUGCUGGCCAAGGCGGUGCAGAGCGUGGGGAACCUGGGCCUCCAGCUGGGGCACGGGAAGGAGCAGUGGAUGGCGCCGCUCCACCCGGUCAUCCUCCGCAGCGUCGCCUCCGUCAAGGACUUCCUGGACAAGCUGGUCGACAUCGACCACGACAACGUGUCGGAGGUGCCCCAGCGGGCGGUGUUCCUGCCCUCGGUCACCGUGAAGGAGGGGUACCUGCACAAACGCAAGGCCGAGGGGCCCCAGCUGCUCACCCGCUUCGCCUUCAAGAAGCGCUACUUCUGGCUGAGCAGCGAGACCCUGUCCUACGCCAAGACCCCCGACUGGCAGGUGCGCUCCUCCAUCCCCAUCCAGCGCGUGUGCGCCGUGGAGCGCGUGGAUGAGAACGCCUUCCAGCAGCAGCAGGUGAUGCAGGUCAUCAGCCAGGACGGCGAAGGCCAACUGCACACCAUGUACAUCCAGUGCAAGAACGUGAAUGAGCUGAACCAGUGGCUGUCGGCCAUCAGGAAAGCCAGCAUCUACAACGAGCGCAUGCUGCCCUCCUUCCACCCGGGGGCGCACCGCGGCGGCAAGUGGACCUGCUGUCUCCAGAGUGACCGCGCGGCUCUUGGCUGCAGUCGCACCCACUCUGCCGUUACCCUUGGCGACUGGAGCGACCCCCUGGAUCCUGACGCAGAGACGCAGACCAUCUACAAGCAGCUGCUGCAAGGCAGGGACAAACUAAGGGCGCAGUACCUGGAGUCGGUGGACGCAGAGACGGCCAUGGAAGAGGAGAAGAGGCUGAGCCCCAGUGCCGACGCAGACGCAGACGGGGUGGAGCGCAGCCGGCAGUUCCACGAGCGCAGGCAGGCGGCGGCGGCGCGGCUGCUGGACGUGGUGAUGGACCUGGAGCGCGCGCACCUGGCCUUCCAGCGCCGCGAGAGGGAGGAGGCCGGCAACCACAUACUCACCCCGUAGGGAGGAGCUACGCGGGGGCGGGGCUAGUCGGCCGCUGUUCGUGGACCGGGCGGGAGUCUUCGGCCGCGGUCCCAGAGUCACGCUCCCGUGUUUUUAUGUAUGUCGUGUCAGAGGAAACCUGCCGGGCCCCAGGUUGGGCCCCACGCCCAAUGUAGACUCCUUUUCGGCAAGGCCCUGUCCCCCAUCCCAUGCAGGGGCCUCCUGGACCCCUCAGCCUUUCACAGCCUCCUCUCACAGGCAGGUGUACAGUAGGAGAACUGGGAGAAUGGCUCAGACCCACAGGGCUGAUAGCCUGUGAACUGCAUUAUGGGAUUUGUCUGGUAAGGCACAGGAGGGCUGUAAGAUCACCCGCAGGGUCUAGAUACUUCUGCUGGAACGUUGGGAACCACAGCAUUAAAACACUAAAGCAGGGACUGAGGUGGCGAUCUGUCACCAUGUCAAUGACAUUUCUCCAGCUAUCCGACUGCCAUUAGCAAUCCUGUCACUGUUUCAGUUUAUGAUGACAGAAGCACAUGAUGCUGGCUCUGACGCCAUGCGUAUCUGAGGUAGCCCGAGAGGCCGUUUCUUAGCCUGGGCCUAAGUUUCCUGGGUUUCUAGCCUGGGUUUCUUAGCCUGGGUUUCGGCUCUGUUUGCGAGACAGAGGGACUGCAGGUACCUGUAAGCAUCCUCCGCCUCACCUGCUCCACUGCCUGCCAAGUCCUGAUAGAAAGUGCCCUUGCAGUGCCAGAGGACACGAUAGCCGCCAGUCCACCUGCUGCCCGGUCACACCGCACAGUCCCCUCUCUGAAACCUCCGAGCGUCGUGCUGUCGGAGCAGUUCCCCCGCACCCCGUGGCUUUCCCUUUGCUAAAAGCUCUGUGCCCGAGCAGGUUUUUAACUGUGCGAGGAAAAGAAAAGCGCAUUCUCUUCGGGGACACAAAUAACAUUCCCUCUCAGCCACCCUGUCAGCGUACCUUACAGACGGAUAAUUAUGCAACAGCACGAACAGCAUCGUGCUACUCAACCAAGUAAGCUUUUAAAAAUAAUCGCUGAGCUUUUUUACCAAUGUCAUUUCUUUUUUCUUUUUUUCUUCUCUUUGCUGUGUUGCUUAUCCCGCUCGCUGUAUAAUGGCUUUCGGCAGGAAAUGAGCCGCGUCGUAACAGAGAUGAAGUUUGUCCUGCACGCGCGCGGCAGCUGUGGCUGAGCGCCGCUGUCUGUAUAAAUAUCGUCAGCGCCGCGGCUCCAAGGUCAGGCGGCCGGCCCGCGGCGGCGGCGGCUGCACGCUCGCUUCGGGGACGUCGGUCCUCCGUCGGCGUCGUCACGGGUACCCGAGGUCAGCUUCUGCAGAGCUUGUGUUUUUUUUUCUGCUAUUGUUCCUUUGUUUUUUUAGAGGCACAAUCCAUUUUCCUUUGUUCUCUCCCCCCCUCCCUCUUUUUCUUCUCUUCCAUGCAAGUGUACCUUGGAGGGUCUGCCAGCGAGCUCUGAUGCAGCACGCCACAACUGCCUUUUGGCCCUUUGACGGGCAGGCCCUCGUCUGAAAAAUAACAGCGCGUUAGCUUUUUUUUUUUUUCCCGUUUGCUGCCUCGGUCGACAGAUCAAAGCCUUGUUUAGCACAUCCCAAGUAGAGAGCACGCGGUAGUAAACAUGUUUUUCUGUGCUGUCCAGUGUUCUCAGCUAGUGUACCACUGGUGUGCAACCGAGUCCAGACCGCUAGCGCUUUUAUUUUAUUUUAUUUAGAAGAACAGGUUUUUUUUUUUUUUUUUAAAGGAACAAAUUUGUGGAGUGUACCGGAGGCGCGCGGGCGACCGAUCCGCUUCGCUGCACGGCCGCUCUGCGCCGCUCUGUGCCGCUCGCGCCCGUGCGUGCUCGUGUUUGGAAGGUGUCGUAACUCUCUCGUGAUGCUUUUCAGCGCCGGUGGCAGGGGCUUCCCGUGAAUGACUGUCGAGGCGGCGUCCCGAGAGCAACAUGAUCUCCCGUUUGAAACGAUGCGCACUUAACAGCGCUACCCUCGUAAAGCCACUUCCCUUGCGCUUAGGGAAGCGGAAUUUGUAUUUCUGUGACAUUAGAUUUUAUACACCUUAUGAAUGCGUGCCUUGUACGGGGCGGUAUUUUAAACGAAUACGAAUGUGUAUAUAUACGUACCUGGAGAUAGCGACAAAUAGACGCCUGGAGGCUAGAGUGCAGACACUUAUCUUGCUCAAACACUCUCCCUCGAACCGCUGUAAGAGUAGGGGCCCGGAACAUUCCAGGUGACACUUCAGCGACGCUCUGAAAUGAAUUCACUGGGACUCUGCUGCCGGCUCUGUGAGUGGGUUGUCGGUGACUUGUUGGUGCCAAUAUGAAUGUGUUUGGGUGGGGUGGGGUCAGCAAUGCCAAACUGUUUUUGCCAUAAUGUAAUCUUUUAAAUGCAGGACUGCAUAUUGUUUAUUUAACAUAAAUAUAUAUAUAGGUAAAUAUAUACCAUUGAACAAAUGUGUGUUUGCUUUUAAUGCUCUUUUUGGAAACUGAUACCACAAACGACUAAGAAUCCCAACUCUUCUAUUCAGAGGUGUCGGGAGGCUGACCUGAUAGAGCUGCUAUGGUGGUUCCAGUUGUGGGUAAAGCCAGGAACAACCACAACAAAAAAAAGUUCUCAUUAGACCUUCACUGAACAACCUGAGCCCCAAAAUUCAAUUUGCCUGUGGGUCUAUGACGCCACAGGCAAAGCAUCGCUCAGCUGCCAAGCUGAGCCAUUCAGGUUGCCAUGACAGCAUGAGGAUACUCUGAUGAUAAAGUUGAGUGUGAGACACAAGAGCAGAGCUGAAAUGGUUUCCUCUCAAAGUAACAGCCAUAUUCAGAACAUCUAUAUUUAAACUGGCCAGGACAUGUCUAAUAGGGAUAUAGAAUUUAGAGAGGUCAACUUUAGAUUUUACUUCUGUCAAGACGUUGCAUUCACUUAUGAUGAAAGGCUUCUAUAAAAAAGGUAAUUUUUCAUGUUGAAAGUAGAGCUUCCAUAGCCUACUUUUCUCACAGACACAGUGCCCAGACUGAGUUCCUGUCCCACCAGGCCCGUGUUCAUCCAGAGAUUGACUCGGUUGUGCCUUAAAUGGGACUUGCGUUGAAGAAAGUAUCUUACAGAAUGUGAGCACUGAACACAAGAGCUAAACACUCCUGCUUUUUGAGUAUUUAGUAGAUGGAUGGGAAAGAUACAAAGCACUGAUCAGCACGCUUGACUUUGCUUGCUAACCAAGGCGCAACACUUCACCC